AUGUAUCAAGAACCAAUUUCGCAUAUUCAAGAAUAUACUACUAAUAAGAGCAAAGAUGAAAAUGACUUAGAUCCAUUAUUAGUAUUACUUUAUACAAAUAAACCAUCUUAUAAGUCUAGAAAACCUCGAGUUCUUCAUGAUGAG